AUGCUGGACACAGAGGGUCAGUGGUCUGAGGCAUUGGCCAGCAAUAACAUAAAAGCCAUCAUCUGCUGGUUGAGGAGGCUUACAGCUGAAGGUUAUACUGAUGUGGGGGAAAUCGCACCAGCAUUUAGCUGCUGGGUACAGCGGACAGCAGAGUUUGCUAAAAAGGAGUUAUUAACCUUAUGCUUCAGCUGUUGCCAGGGUCUGUGGAUGUUCCUGGACCGCGGCUCCUUCACUAGAGUGCACACGUUACUCCAAAAAUUAAGGAACCUGCUUACAUUGGCCCAGUGGGGAAGAAAACAUCUCUGCUCAGCCCACCUCUGGCAUGGAGUGGGAGUCCCAUGUGUGGUCUGCAAGGACACAUACAGCUCCUCAGACAUCCGACAUGGCUGCUGGAACAGAGAGCAGAGGAUGCUGAUGCAACACAUCUGGCUGGGACAGCUGGUUCAGUGGUGGGGCAUCAUGGGGCUUCUGCCAAAGUUUCCUGAGACCCAAGAAGUGAAGCGUAUCACUCAGAUGUGGAAGGAAAUGGAUCACAGCCACCGAAAAGCUGGUCUUGAAACACAGGGAUGGGAGGAGGGAGAAAUGGGAAGAUUCAAGUCUUUGAUACAGAGCAUGGUGACACAGCUAUGCGAACAACAUGGGUGCAUUUGGAUGUCUGGAGAUUGCACAGAUCCACGUUAUCCUCCCCCUAAUCUGCAGGCGCUGUUGAAGCUCGUGCUGAUCCCUCAUAUUGACAACAUGUCAGUCCAGGCCAUUCUCAUGUACUUCAUCCUGGAUGUGGCAAAUUUCCUACAGUGCAAAGAUGACCUCCUUCAGGCUUUUUGUCAUGCGUUCACAAUUCCAUCCACCUUUUCCCAACAAAUCAGAGCCUUCUGGAUGCUUGAUCAUGGACACACUGAGGCCUCCAUGGAGCUGUUACUGAGCCCAAAGGCCUCUGUUCCUGCCCUCUCCUGGCAGCAUCGUUGCAUCAUCCAUUGUCUCCUGACAAGGAAACAGCCUCAAGAGGCAUUACGGUACCUCCAGUGGUCCAGGCCUGCAGUAGAGACCACUGAUGAUGCCAAGCUGUUUGCAGAUGUACUUAUUCAAAGCAGUUGUAACUCUGAUGCUUGGGCUCUGUUGAAGAGAGGCCACACAGAGACUGAAGAUAUGAGCAAAUACUUCCUCCAGACUUGUAAAGGAGUUGGCCUGUGCACCGAGGCUUUAAAGUACAUUCUUGUUGAAAACAAUAAUGAAGAAGAUGGAGCUGAGACCACAGAGAUGACACAGAUGAAGAAAGAAAUGCCUCUAUGUCCGCUGUCUGCCAAGCUGUACCGGGCUCAGAAAGUUGGCAAAGUAUCAACAGAUGAGCAGGUGAAAUUGGUCAGAAAGUCUGUGAAGGAAGCGAGGAAACCAGAUUCCAAGUUGAGGGAGGUAGUGUGGCCAGAGCACACAGAGAGGAAGCCCAACAGCAAGCAAAUGCUUCUGCCCACCGAGGCUCUGCGUCUACUCACAUGCAGCUCUUUGCCAGUGCACAUGGCAAUAGAAACACAGCAAACAGCACAUACAGCUGACCCAGAAGAAGAACAUCCUGUCAUUUACAAUCAGCAGCAGCUGGAGACUCAAGAGAACAUUUUUUCUUCUGAGGAGGAUCUAAGAUCCUUGACUUCCUCCUCCUCUACCUCAGCUUCACCCUUGCCUCUUAUGAAGUGGGACCCGCUUCACACAUAUAAAAGGACUCUGACCCUGCAGAUGAUUUCCUCUCUGCUGACGGAUAGAAGUAGCCAAAGCAGGGGACAAGAAGAAGAACACAGACCCCACUCAUCAGCUGGUGUUUUCCUAAACAUCCCUGAGCUUGUGCUGACACCAGAUGGCGCUACAGAGCCUGUUUCCUUCAGCAGCUUGAACAAAGACAGCAUGGUAGAGCUGACGCUUUCUGCAGACGUGGGAGAAGGUGAUGAAGCAGAUGUUUUUCUGGAAGAAGAUACUAUCGGGGUUGACGGGCUUUCAAGAUCUUCCACAUAUGAAAGCCUUCUUUCAGAUGCAAGUUUCACUGAGGUAGCCCCAAUUCACUGCGUCCAGAAAAAGAAACCUCAUCAGCAAGAGGAACCACAGGGAUGCUCCAGCCAACACCUCCCAUGUACCUCAGCUGAAACAACCCACGGCAUGCUGACAGAUCUUCAUCAGAGCUUUGUUUUGAAUUGGCCAGGGAUGGGGCAGCCUUAUUCCUGUGGACUCGUCAAUUUUUUGGACUUCACUGCAAAGCAAAAGGGAGAAAACAGAGAUGGAAAUCAGGCGGAGAAAGAUGAGCCCGCAGGUUGGAGCAGUUCGGGGAAGGUUUCCCAAGGAGCCAUAAGGAGUGGCAGAGCAGGAUCGAGAAAAGGCAAACGAGUGAAGAGAGCAUGAUCAUCUGCAAGACAAAGAACAGCCUCUUAUGUGAUGCAUUUUAAAUAUAUUUAAAUUAAAAUCUAAAGGAAAAAAAAAUCACUCCAAUGUUAAAGUUUACCACAAAGAGUGUUAACCUCCACCAGAUUCAUCCUCCAAUCACCUGGUCAGAUACUUUUGACAGCCUUUGUUCCCACCCAGUGAUACUGUCCCACCUCACCCUUAAUCUUCUGCUGUAAUGUGUCAGCAAUACUCAGUAAUUGAUGAGACAUGAAUUCUUAAAUAUUGCUAUGAACUAAGACUCGAGUAAAGAGUAGUAAGUCUGA